UUGUUGUUAUCUGAAUGAAGGUUUAGGUUCGUGUUAGGGUUACGAGCUCCCCAGCAAUGGCGAAUCGUACGGACCCGGCAGCGAAGAGCAUACGAGGGACAAAUCCUCAGAAUCUGGUUGAGAAGAUAUUGAGAUCGAAGAUCUACCAGCAUACCUACUGGAAGGAACAAUGCUUUGGACUCACUGCUGAGACGCUUGUUGAUAAAGCCAUGGAGCUCGAUCACCUCGGCGGUACCUAUGGUGGCAACCGCAAGCCAACGCCCUUCAUGUGCCUUGUUAUGAAGAUGCUCCAGAUUCAGCCGGAGAAGGAUAUCGUCGUCGAAUUUAUCAAGAACGAGGAUUACAAAUACGUUCGUAUACUUGGUGCAUUUUAUUUACGCCUCACUGGCACGGACACUGAUGUAUACCAGUAUCUAGAGCCUCUAUACAAUGACUAUCGAAAACUGAGACAGAAGUUAGCAGAUGGCCGCUUUACCCUGACUCAUGUGGAUGAGCUUAUUGAUGAACUCCUGACGAAAGAUUAUUCCUGUGACAUUGCUCUUCCACGAAUCAAGAAAAGGUGGACUCUUGAAUCCAAUGGGACAUUGGAGCCUAGAAGAAGUGCUUUGGAAGAUGAUUUUGAAGAAGAGGAGGAAAAAGAAGAGGAGGACCAAAUUAUGGCUGGAUUAGAGAAUGGAUCUCAUGAAAAGGACUAUUACCGUGGCCGAAGCCCAGGUAGAGAAAGAGACAGGGAUAGAAAGCGAGACAGUCAUAGACACAGGGACCGGGACUAUGACAGGGAUCGGGACUAUGACAGGGAUCGAGGCAGGGGACGUGAUAGGGACAGGGACAGAGAUAGAGACUGGGACAGGGACAGGGACAGGGACAGGGACCGGGACCGUUACCGCAUCCGAGAUGAAAAAGACUAUGGACGUGACAGGGAGCGAGAAAGGGAGAGGAGGAGGAGGAGGAGGAGUCACUCAAGGAGCAGGAGCCGGAGUAGGGACCGGAAAGAGCGUGGAGGAGACCGUGAAGGUGGAGAGCACCGCAAGAGGCAUCGAGGGAGUGUCAGUCCUCGGAGGCGCACAGAUGGAGCAGAGGAUGGGACUGCCAGAGAGGAGUCCAGGAAGAAAAAGGAGAAGAAGGAAAAGAAAGAUGAUGGGACUGAUCAUCCAGAUCCAGAGAUUGCUGAACAAAACAGGAUUCGAGCAUCACUUGGGUUAAAGCCAUUGAGGCCGUGAGGGAUUUAUGGGCCUUUCGACAUGCCAGUAGACACAUAGUAGAAGAUGGUUACCUACGCAAAUGUGGAAGGCCAAUCCUAUCAUCUGCUUCUUUCCAACAACCACCUGGGUCUGCCUCUCUCUGUUCUCAAACGUUGAAUAUUGCUAUUUUCCAGGUGUAGAGUCAUGACUAUCAUAGUGUUGCCUCGUCCACCUCUCUUUGUAUUCUUAGCUGAUGGAAACUUAAGAGUACGCUAUUAGAUGGUAGUUGACUUUCGCUUAAUGGGGGAAUGUAACAUCUUGUAAGUAUUGCCAUGGAACAAAGAUCUCAUUGGUCAGACGCUUAUAGUUGCUGUUCCAAACAGAAGUGAAAGGAAAACAUGUUAACGAAAGUGGGUUGUUAUUUUGUA